UAAAUGCCAAUUCUACUUAUUUUAUAGUAGUUGCUUAAAAAAGAUUUAGCUAUGCGUUUUAGUGGACAAUCCGUGUGAGAAUAAUGGCGAAUGCAGCCACCUGUGCCUUCUGAUCCCCGUCCAACCGUUCUACACAUGCGCUUGUCCUACCGGUGUCAAACUGUUGCCCGAUAACCGAAGUUGUGCUGAAGGUCCGGAAGAAAUACUGAUCGUCGCCAGGCGGUCAGAUCUUCGGGUCAUAUCGUUGGACACUCCGGAUUACACGGACAACAUCCUUCGUGUAAAAAACAUUAAACAUGCGAUGGACGUCGACUACGACCCGGUUGAAGGAUACGUCUACUGGUCUGAUAGUGAACUGAAGAUGAUACGUCGCGUUAAACUGGAUGGUUCGGACGAAAGUGACGUUGUCAUCAGCGAGUUCGACGAGUCGGAUGGUAUCGCAUUAGACUGGGUGGCUCGAAAUAUUUACUGGACGGACGCGGGUACUCGGAGGAUUGAGGUUGCCAGUUUGGACGGACACGCCAGACGUAUACUCGUUUCUACCGGUCUCACGCAUCCGCGAGCGAUCGCCGUCGACCCUGCCGGAGGGUAA